UGUGCGUGGGGGCGAGGGCCGCCUCUGAGGGUUUGCCUAGUGUUGCUCUUGAUCCACCCAGUCUCAACAUACAGAAAGACAUCCUCACAAUCAUGGCUAAUACAACGCUUCAGAUCACUUGCAGAGGACAGAUGGACUUGGACUGGCUUUGGCCCAGUAUUCAGAGUGGCGCUGAGGAAAGGGUGGAGGUGACCGAGUGUAGUGACGGCCUCUUCUGCAAGACCCUCAUGAUUCCCAAGGUGAUUGGAAACGACACCGGCGCCUAUAAGUGCUUCUACCGGGAAAGUGACUUGGCGGCGGUCAUUUAUGUCUACGUUCAAGAUUACAGAUCUCCAUUUAUUGCAUCUGUUAGCGACCAACAUGGAGUUGUGUACAUUACUGAGAACAAAAACAAAACAGUGGUGAUUCCGUGUCUUGGGUCCACCUCAAACCUCAAUGUGUCACUUUGUGCAAGGUAUCCAGAGAAGAGAUUUGUUCCUGAUGGUAACAGAAUCUUCUGGGACAGCAGGAAGGGCUUCACUAUUCCCAGCUAUUUGAUCAGCUAUGCUGGCAUGGUCUUCUGUGAAGCUAAGGUUAAUGAUGAGAGUUACCAGUCUAUCAUGUACAUCGUCGUGGUUAUGGGGUAUAAGAUUUAUGAUGUGGUUCUGAGCCCGCCCCAUGGAGUCGAGCUAUCUGUUGGAGAGAAGCUUGUCUUAAAUUGUACAGCCAGGACUGAGCUGAACGUGGGGAUUGACUUCAACUGGGAAUACCCUUCUUUGAAGCAUCAGCACAAGAAACUUGUAAACCGGGAUCUCAAAACCCAGUCUGGGAGUGAGAUGAAGAGGUUUCUGAGCACCUUGACCAUCGAUAGUGUCACCCGGAGUGACCAGGGACGCUACACCUGUGCAGCGUCCAGUGGGCUUAUGACCAGGAGGAACAGCACGUUCGUCACAGUCCAUGAAAAGCCUUUUGUUGCUUUUGGUAGCGGCAUGGAGUCCCUGGUGGAGGCAACGGUGGGGGAGCGUGUCAGAGUCCCGGUGAAGUGCCUUGGCUACCCGCCCCCAGAGAUAAAAUGGUACAAGAAUGGAAGCCCCCUGGAGUCCAACCACACUAUCAAAGUGGGCCAUGUGCUGACCAUCACGGCCGUGAGCGAGAGAGACACAGGCAACUACACCGUGGUGCUCACCAACCCUGUCUCCAAGGAGAAGCAGAGCCACAUGGUGGCCCUGGUAGUGUACGUCCCACCUCAGAUUGGUGAGAAGUCUCUGAUCUCUCCGAUGGAUUCCUACCAGUAUGGCACCACACAGACGCUGACGUGUACCAUCUACGCUGUUCCUCCCCCGCACCACAUCCGCUGGUACUGGCAGUGGGAGGAAGAGUGCCCUGGUGGGCCCAGCCAAGCCAUCUCAGGGACUAGCCUGGACACUUGUAAAGAAUGGAGACGUGUGGAGGACUUUCAGGCGGGGAAUAAGCUGGAAGUCAAAAAGAAUCAGUUUGCCCUCAUUGAAGGAAAGCACAAAACUGUGAGUACCCUCGUCAUCCAGGCAGCAAAUGUGUCAGCUUUGUACAAGUGUGAAGCAGUCAACAAAGUUGGGAGAGGAGAAAGGGUUAUUUCCUUCCACGUGACCAGGGGUCCCGAAAUUUCUCUGCAACCCAGCCCCCAGCCGACCGAGCAGGAGCACACAUCGCUGUGGUGCACAGCCGACAGGACAACGUUAGAAAACCUCACGUGGUACAAGCUUGGCCCGCAGGCACUGUCUGGCCCCGCAGGAGAGCCACCUGCACCUGUCUGCAGGAACCCGGAUGCUCUCUGGAAACUGAAUGCCACCCUGUCCUCCAAUGGCACCAGUGAUGUUUUGAUCUUGGAGUUCCAGAAUGUGUCCUUGCAGGACCAAGGAGACUAUGUUUGCUCUGCUCAGGACAGGAAGACCAAGAAGAGUCGUUGCAUGGUCAGGCGGCUCACAGUCCUAGAGCGUGUGGCGCCUAUGAUCACGGGAAGUUUAAGGAAUCAGACGACCAGCAUCGGUGAAACCAUUGAGGUUUCCUGCACAGCAUCUGGGAACCCCCCUCCGCAGAUCACUUGGUUUAAAGACAACGAAACCCUCGUGGAAGAUUCAGGCAUCGUGCUGAAGGAUGGGAACCGGAACCUCACCAUUCGUAGAGUGAGGAAGGAGGACGAGGGCCUCUACACCUGCCAGGCAUGCAGCGCACUGGGCUGCACCAAGGUGGAGACGUUCUUCCUGAUAGAAGGUGCCCAGGAGAAAACAAACCUGGAGGUCAUCAUUCUCGUGGGCACCGCUGUGAUCGCCAUGUUCUUCUGGCUUCUUCUCGUCAUCGUCCUGCGGACCGUUAAGCGGGCCAGUGGCGAGCAACUGAAGACAGGCUACUUGUCCAUUGUCAUGGACCCCGACGAGCUCCCCCUGGAUGAGCGUUGUGAGCGCCUGCCCUACGAUGCCAGCAGAUGGGAGUUCCCCCGAGACCGGCUCAAGCUCGGUAAGCCUCUUGGCCGUGGUGCCUUUGGCCAAGUGAUCGAAGCAGAUGCCUUUGGAAUCGACAAGACGGCAACGUGCAGGACUGUGGCCGUCAAAAUGUUGAAAGAAGGAGCAACCCACAGUGAGCACCGGGCCCUCAUGUCUGAACUCAAGAUCCUCAUUCACAUUGGCCACCACCUCAACGUGGUCAAUCUCCUUGGUGCUUGCACCAAGCCUGGAGGGCCGCUCAUGGUGAUUGUGGAAUUCUGCAAGUUUGGGAAUUUGUCAACUUACUUAAGGAGCAAGAGAAGCGAAUUCAUCCCCUACAAGACCAAAGGGACUCGGUUCCGGCCAGGGAAAGACUACGUUGGGGAAGUCCCCGUGGAUCUGAAGCGCCGCCUGGACAGCAUCACCAGCAGCCAGAGCUCUGCCAGCUCUGGCUUUGUGGAGGAGAAGUCCCUCAGUGAUGUGGAGGAAGAGGAAGCUCCUGAGGAUCACUACAAGGACUUCCUGACCUUGGAGCUCCUCAUCUGCUAUAGCUUCCAGGUGGCAAAGGGCAUGGAGUUCUUGGCGUCGCGCAAGUGUAUCCACAGGGACCUGGCGGCACGAAAUAUCCUUUUAUCAGAGAAGAACGUGGUUAAGAUCUGUGACUUUGGCUUGGCCCGGGAUAUUUAUAAAGACCCAGAUUAUGUCAGAAAAGGAGAUGCUCGCCUCCCUUUGAAGUGGAUGGCCCCAGAAACAAUUUUUGACAGAGUGUACACAAUUCAGAGUGACGUGUGGUCUUUCGGUGUUUUGCUCUGGGAAAUAUUUUCCUUAGGUGCUUCUCCGUAUCCUGGGGUGAAGAUUGAUGAAGAGUUCUGUAGGAGACUGAAGGAAGGGACACGAAUGAGGGCCCCCGAUUACACCACACCAGAAAUGUACCAGACCAUGCUUGACUGCUGGCAGGGGGAGCCCAGUCAGAGGCCCACGUUCUCAGAGCUGGUGGAGCAUCUGGGGAACCUGUUACAAGCAAAUGCUCAGCAGGAUGGAAAAGACUACAUUGUUCUUCCCAUAUCAGAGACUCUGAGCAUGGAGGAGGACUCUGGGCUCUCUCUGCCAACCUCACCUGUUUCUUGUAUGGAGGAGGAGGAAGCAUGCGACCCCAAGUUCCAUUAUGACAACACAGCAGGACUCAGUCAGUAUCUGCAGAACAGUAAGCGAAAGAGCCGGCCUGUGAGUGUAAAAACAUUUGAAGACAUCCCACUGGAGGAACCAGAAGUAAAAGUAAUCCCAGAUGACAGCCAGACAGACAGUGGUAUGGUUCUUGCCUCAGAAGAGCUGAAGACAUUGGAAGACAGAACCAAACUAACUCCAUCUUUUAGUGGCAUGAUGGCCAGCAAGAGCAGGGAGUCAGUGGCGUCUGAAGGCUCCAACCAGACCAGUGGCUACCAGUCUGGGUACCACUCCGACGAUACGGACACCCCUGUGUACUCCAGUGAGGAAGCAGAACUGUUGAGGCUGGUGGGGACUGGAGCGCAGGUCGGCGGCUCAGUCCAGGGACUCCAGCCCGACCCUGGGGCUGUGCUGGCCCUGCCUCCCAUGUAAAAGGGUGCCGCCCCCACCUGGGUCUCAUGCCAGGAGCUGCCCAGAUCUUCAGUCUCGUCUUUCCACCGCCAGGAAGGGGUCGC